UAGAUGAUUGGAUCCUUUCAAGAUGUCCUAGUCUUUCUUCAGACAAGACGUCAGAUGAUUGGGCCCUUUCAAGAUGUUCAGACAAGGCGUCAGAUGAUUGGACCCUUUUAAGACAUUCUAGUCUUUCUUUAAACAAGGCAACUUAG